AUGAUUGACCUGCCGGGAGAAUAUCUCGGCGUCGAAGAGUACGCCGAGGAUCUAUUGGAGUUCAUCAACACCCCCUUGGUUCAGCAAAUUACUGGCGGUAUCCAUGUCAAUGAUGCGCUGAUUUAUAACGCAUGGGAGGCACUGCCUCCGGAGUGGACGUCGUGGUGGUUAUCACUCCCAGAUCAUCGUCUGGCGCAGCAAGAUUUGAUCGACAGUAUCGAUGAAUCAACAGAUACUGCAACCACGAAAGUCGACGACAGACAGCUAAAGCCAAUUUCAGGGCGACCAGACUCGCUGACAACUUGGUUGGAAAAUAUUCGGUCACUCUCGCUCCAUCGUACCCAACGUGUCGGUCCCAGGAUCUCCCUUCCCGAAAUUUUGACAGCUCGGAUGAAGACAAAAAAGAUCGAGGAAGUUUCUGUUGCGACUGCCUACAUCCAGGGGGUUUGCCAAGCCAACAACAUCACUCGCAUCAUCGACAUGGGAUCCGGGCAAGGUUAUCUGUCCGUAUCGCUUGCCUAUCUCUACCCUAAUUUGCACGUAUUAGCGAUAGAUGGCAGCGAAUUUCAGAUUGCUGCUUCGAGAUCGUGCGCUGCCAGUCUUGGAAUCGAGGACAGGAUACAACACUUGCUGCGUUACAUCGAUGGCACUGGACCGCUGGCAAGUGAGAUCGCUGCUUGGGCUGGAGAAGAGAAAUGCAUGCUCGUCGGUUUGCACGCCUGCGGGAACUUGUCUGAGCACAUGCUGAGAUACUUCACAACAAUACCCUUCAUCCAGUGUUUAGGUGCAGUGGGCUGCUGCUACAACCACAUUGUGCCCCUUUCUGACAGCUGCCCCAACGGCUUCCCGAUUAGCGCAAAAAUGAGGGACAGAAAGCUCACCUUGAGCGCCACAGCCCUUAUGACCGGAUGUCAAGCACCAAACAACUGGGAGAAGGCGGAUCCGAGCAAGGAAGAGUCGGUAUACUCAAAACGACGCUUUUAUCGAGCGCUUCUAGAGAAGGUGUUCUUCGACAAGAGCAUUGGACUCGACAAGCAAGUUCGACCGGUUUGGGGAGUGCGAAAAGGCGACAUGGCCAGCUUUACAAAGUUUGCGCGCCGAGCAAUGCAUUGUCUAGGCAUUGAUAAAAGCGAUAUCAGCGAUGCUGAAUUGCUCGAAUAUGAGGCUCGUUAUGGAGAUUGCGAAGGCAAAGUAGCGAUUUUGUGGACACUGAGCGUGCUUUGCUGCAAGGUUGUUGAGAGCGUAAUUGCCCUUGAUCGGUACUGGUUUCUCGCCGAGAAUGGAGCGCAGAACGUGGACGUUUUACCCAUCUUCGACUACAAGAUUUCACCAAGAAAUCUGAUGCUUGUAGCUGAUAAGGGGGCUUCAAGAAAGUCACCAAAGGCCUGCAAGCCUAAUACUCAGUCAAAUUCAUCUGCACUGAAGCAGCUCACGACUUCGGCUGUUCGUGAUGACCCUGCUCUAGGCUACAAGAUACGCGUCCUCUUGUUCGACUUGCGAAACCUUGCAAAGGAUGUCAAGUCAGCGACACGUCUCAACAGCACCACAGACGAGCACUACAUCAGCGAACCAUAUUUUGAACCUGAGCAAGCCAAACUUGUCAAGUCUGCUAUCGUAGAUGUCGACUUUAACAACCACCUCGACCCCAAGGCAGAGCAUGAGGAACCAGUCACAGAUGAGCCACAGCCCAAUCGCAGAGAAGUCUGCAGGUCUUCAGCCUCUCGCGUACGAGGUCAAACGGUAGACGCAGCUAUUCGGAUGAUCAUGGAUAACUUCCUCGAGAAGCGAAAGAGCAGUGGAGAUGUGCGCCCUUGUGGACCACAUGAUUUGGUGCCCGUGUAUCUUGGUCUUUUUGGCAUAACAGUAGCUGACUUACAAGACCACAAAUUCAUAAGCCGUCUAUCGCGAUCAGGGCUAUUCGGGCAAACGAGUAGAAAUAACACGGAUAGAAGGGACGACAGGGACGACAAGGACGACAAGGACGACAAGGACAAACAGGACGACAAGGACAAACAGGACGACAAGGAAGAGAGGCACGAAUGCUAA